AGUUAACUACAUUAACUUUAGAAUAUAUGUCUACCUUAAAAAGUCAAGUCUGCUUUAAAUUUAAUCAUCUCUGGUGAAAGGGAUGGGAUGGAGCUUUGCUUUUUAUCAUAUAUUCAUCUGUACCUUUAAAGUAUUCAAGUAGAAAAAUAUAAACAAUGUAAAUAAAAUAGCAAAACAAUAUAAUAUCUCAUAAAACUGCAAUGGUAAAAGCAUUUAUCCUAUUGAAAUUCCACAAUUUUUAUUUGAAAACAUUAUCAACAUGUAAUUCAAGUGGCAUUUAGAAGAAUAAUUUAAAAGCAACAACUCUCUGGAAAGCUUCUAAAAUGAUUAAGUAGUUUAAACCAAAUAAAACAAUUUCUGAGUCAGUCAUCCCCAGUAGGUCUAUUUUAGUCUCAAGAUAAAUUCAUUUCUGGUGACAACCGAAGUUCUUAGUUAUUUGUUAGUAUAUAUUGGAGACAUUUACAAUAAAACUUAGAGCACAGUGGGAAAUGAAAGUAUCAUAUUAUUUUUUUUAAGACCAAAUGUAUUGCAGAAAUGUAAGUAAUUUAAUCCAAUGCUACAAUCUGAUCAUUCUGAUCUAAUCUGAUCAUUUAAUAACACUAAAUAAAACCUUCAUCUCACAUUCUUUGGCUGUUUCUUUUAAAAUAUGGGUUUAGGGAUAAAUCAAAUAAAUUCAAAACAAAGUAAUAAGCAGAUGGUAUUUUUUUCUCAGUAAUCUAGUAGAGUAUUACAUUUAGAAGUCAUCUGUAUCUCAGUGCAGUAACUAUUUAGGACUCUAAGCGCCGCUGUUCACCUACUGGGAGAGAAAUGCAACCGAAAACACUCAGAUCUCACACCUCGCAAAGACCCGCAGAUGCCACAAACUAACUGCGGGACUGUAGCGAAACCCCACCCCUGUUUGGAGGCACUGUAGGUUUCCGGAGGAUUAUCAUCUCCAUAGCUGCGGCAAGAAACUAAAUACCCACUUAUGCACAGUGAAGAUUCUGAGGGGAUUCUGCAGCAAAAUAACAAUGGCCGCUCCACAGAGUCGCCCCAGACGCGGCGAGCUGAUCCUGCUGUGCGCGCUGCUGGGGACGCUGUGGGAAACCGGGACGGGACAGAUUCGCUACUCGGUGCCAGAAGAGACGGACAAAGGCUCCUUCGUGGGUAAUGUCUCCAAGGACCUGGGGCUGGACCCCCGGGAGCUGGCGAAGCACGGAGUCCGUAUCGUCUCCAGAGGUAGGACGCAGCUCUUUGCUCUGAACCCGCGCAGCGGCAGCUUGGUCACCGCGGGCAGGAUAGACCGGGAAGAGCUCUGUGCUCAGAGCCCGCGGUGUCUGAUAAAUAUUAACAUCCUGGUUGAGGAUAAAGGAAAACUCUUUGGGAUAGAAAUAGAAAUAAUUGAUAUUAACGAUAAUAACCCGAAAUUCCAGGUCGAAGAUCUAGAAGUAAAAAUUAACGAAAUCGCGGUUCCUGGAGCACGUUAUCCACUCCCAGAAGCUGUUGACCCGGAUGUGGGCGUGAACUCCCUCCAGAGCUACCAGCUCAACCCCAAUCACCACUUCUCCCUGGACGUGCAGACUGGAGACAAUGGAGUCAUAAACCCAGAGCUGGUGCUGCAGCGCGCCCUGGACAGGGAGGAAGAGGCUGCUCACCACCUGGUCCUCACGGCCUCAGAUGGCGGCGAGCCGCGUCGCUCCAGCACAGUGCGCAUUCAUGUGACAGUGUUGGAUACAAAUGACAACGCCCCGGUUUUUGCUCAACCGAUUUACAGAGUGAAAGUCCUUGAGAACGUGCCCCCAGGCACGCGGCUGCUUACUGUAACAGCCAGCGACCCGGAUGAGGGAAUCAACGGAAAAGUGGCUUACAAAUUCCGGAAAAUUAAUGAAAAACAAACUCCGUUAUUCCAGCUUAAUGAAAAUACUGGGGAAAUAUCAAUAGCAAAAAGUCUAGAUUAUGAAGAAUGUUCGUUUUAUGAAAUGGAAAUACAAGCCGAAGAUGUGGGGGCACUUCUGGGGAGGACCAAAUUGUUCAUUUCGGUGGAAGAUGUAAAUGACAAUAGACCAGAAGUGAUCAUUACGUCUUUGUUUAGCCCAGUGUUAGAAAAUUCUCUUCCCGGGACAGUAAUUGCGUUCUUGAGUGUGCAUGACCAAGACUCUGGAAAGAAUGGUCAAGUUGUCUGUUACACACGUGAUAAUUUACCUUUUAAAUUAGAAGAGUCAAUAGAUAAUUAUUAUAGAUUAGUGACAAGGAAAUAUUUGGACCGAGAAAAUGUCUCUAUCUACAAUAUCACAGUGAUGGCCUCAGAUCUAGGAACACCGCCUCUGUCCACUGAAACUCACAUCGCCCUGCACGUGGCAGACAUUAACGACAACCCUCCUACAUUCCCUCGUGCCUCCUACUCAGCUUAUAUCCUAGAGAACAACCUGAGAGGAGCCUCCAUCUUCUCCUUGACUGCACACGACCCCGACAGCCAGGAGAAUGCCCAGGUCACUUACUCUGUGACCGAGGACACGCUGCAAGGGGCGCCCCUAUCCUCGUACAUCUCCAUCAACUCUGACACGGGUGUCCUGUAUGCGCUGCAAUCUUUCGACUAUGAGCAGAUCCGAGACCUGCAGCUACUGGUAACAGCCAGCGACAGCGGGGACCCGCCCCUCAGCAGCAACGUGUCACUGAACCUGUUCGUGCUGGACCAGAAUGACAACGCGCCCGAGAUCCUGUACCCCGCCCUCCCCACAGACGGUUCCACUGGCGUGGAGCUGGCGCCCCGCUCCGCAGAGCCUGACUACCUGGUGACCAAGGUGGUGGCGGUGGACAGAGACUCGGGCCAGAACGCCUGGCUGUCCUACCGCCUGCUCAAGGCCAGCGAGCCAGGACUCUUCGCGGUGGGGCUGCACACGGGCGAGGUGCGCACGGCGCGAGCCCUGCUGGACAGAGACGCGCUCAAGCAGAGCCUCGUGGUGGUCGUCCAGGACCACGGCCAGCCCCCUCUCUCCGCCACUGUCACGCUCACCGUGGCCGUGGCUGACAGCAUCCCCGAAGUCCUGACCGAGUUGGGCAGUCUGAAGCCUUCGGUCGACCCGAACGAUUCGAGCCUUACACUCUAUCUCGUGGUGGCGGUGGCUGCCGUCUCCUGUGUCUUCCUUGCCUUUGUCGUUGUGCUUCUGGGACUCAGGCUGAGGCGCUGGCACAAGUCACGCCUGCUCCAGGGUUCCAGUGGCAGAUUGGUGGGUGUGCCUGCCUCACAUUUUGUAGGUGUUGAGGAGGUACAGGCUUUCCUGCAGACCUAUUCCCACGAAGUCUCCCUCACCGCCGACUCGCGGAAGAGUCACUUGAUCUUUCCCCAGCCCAACUACGCAGACACGCUCAUCAGUCAGGAGAGCUGUGAGAAAAACGAUUCUUUGUUAACAUCCGUAGAUUUUCAUGAAUGUAAGAAUGAAGCUGAUCGUGGUCAGGUGAGUUUAGUUCUUUGCUUGCUUUUAAUUUCCAGAUGAAUUUUAUUUGACAUAAGUAUGUUUUGAAAAACAUUGUGAAGAUAGUUGAAAAUAAUUUUUAAGGCACAUCACAGAGUUUCAGGUUUAUUUUGUUGGUGUUACUAUAAAGUUAAGCUCUAA